UUGAAAGAGUGCAAAUCUGCAAACCCACUGAGAAGUAAACAACAAUUUUUUGUGAAAAACAUCAAUAUUUAUUUUUAUUGCAUAGGAUUCCGAUUUCUGGGGCGAAGGUGAAUUUUAGAAAAAUUAAACAGGCAUUCUUGCAAAAUGUCCACCGUAAGUGAUCCAGAACUGCAAGUUAAAGUCAGAAAGACUACUGAGAAAAUUUCAGAAAACAUGCAUAUAAUCGCAAACGAACCAAGUUUAGCAUUCUAUCGGAUACAAGAACACGUUCGGAAGGUUAUACCGCUCAUCGUUGAUCGCCGAGGAGAAGUGUAUCAACUGCAACAGGACUUGCAAGGCAAAUGCUAUGACAUGGAAUAUGCGAUUGGUGCCAUCCGAGAGAUCGAGGCAGCGGACCAGUCGCUGAAGAACAUACAGGAAUCGUUGAAAAACGCAAUAUUUCUCAAGCAGCAGCUCAAGUACGUGGAAUCACGACGACCGAAAAAAGAUUCCAACAGUUCCGUCUACAAGCGCCUGUCGGCACACAUAACGCUGGAUCUACCGGAUUUAUCGGAUUUUUCCGGGGUGGUUAGGGAAACCACCAAUCGUGUCGAGCAUAUUAUGUCGCACGCAAGAAGUUCCUCGAACAGCAACGUAUCGGGUCCGGCGGAGUUGCAACGGUCCUACACGACACUACAUUGAGCCAUCGUUUUUAGUGCGAGACUUUUUUCGCUUCUGUGAUUUCGGUUUAUUUCCCAUAUAUCUUGACUGAUUUUUUUACCCAUUCGGAUUAGCGUAUGCGAAUAGUUUUGUAUUGUACAAACUUUCUUUAAAUAUUAUUGUUCAUAAUACUGUAAAAAAUAAAGUGAAUUCCGUUAAUUACUAGUCAUGAAUUGUAAAUGCUAUAAAUGAAUAUUAAUCGAAUAUAACAAUUAGACUACUUGCACGUAUAUGAAGACCGAAUUAUUCCUAACUUGUUUAGUAAGUGAAUAAAACGUAAAAGUUAACAGAAAAA